AUGGCCUUCUCCCAGGUACAAUGUCUGGACGACAGCCACGUGAACUGGCGCUCCAGCGAGUCCAAGCCCGAAUUCUUCUACAGCGAGGAGCAGCGACUGGCGCUGGAGGCGCUUGCAGCGCGCGGCCCCGAAGCCUUCCACGAAGUACUGAAGCGGGAAAACAUCCGCGACUUCCUCUCGGAGUUGGAGCUCCAGCGCAUCCUGGAGACCAUCGAGGUGUACGACCCUGGAUCCGAGGACCCACGGGACGUGGGCGGGCUCCGGGGACCCGAGGACGCUGGCGGUGAGGGCGAGGGCACCAGCGGAGCCGACGGUGCUGCCCCCACCGAGACCGAGCUGCUUCCCUCACUGGAAUACUGGCCCCAGAAGUCGGACCGCUCCAUCCCCCAGCUGGACUUGGGCUGGCCGGACACCAUUGCCUACCGCGGUGUGACACGGGCCAGCGUCUACAUGCAACCCCCCAUCGACGGGCAGACCCACAUAAAGGAGGUUGUGCGCAAGAUGAUCAGCCAGGCCCAGAAGGUCAUCGCUGUGGUCAUGGACAUGUUCACCGAUGUGGACAUCUUUAAGGACCUACUGGACGCUGGCUUCAAGAGGAAGGUGGCCGUGUACAUUAUCGUGGAUGAGAGCAGUGUCAAGUACUUUCUGCACAUGUGUGAGCGAGCCUGCAUGCACCUGGGGCACCUCAAGAACCUCAGAGUCCGGAGCAGUGGGGGAACAGAGUUCUUCACCCGGUCAGCAACGAAGUUCAAAGGAGCACUAGCCCAGAAGUUCAUGUUUGUGGAUGGAGACCGUGCUGUGUGUGGCUCUUACAGCUUCACAUGGUCAGCUGCCCGGACAGACCGGAACGUGAUCUCAGUGCUAUCUGGCCAGGUGGUAGAGAUGUUCGACCGACAGUUCCAGGAGUUGUACCUCACAUCACACAGUGUCAGCCUCAAGAGUGUUCCCAUGGAAAAGGAGCCCGAGCCCGAGCCCAUCAUGCUGCCCUCCGUGGUCCCCCUGGUGCCUGCAGGCACUGUGGCCAAGAAACUUGUCAAUCCCAAGUAUGCACUAGUCAAGGCCAAGAGUGCCGAUGAGCUCGCCAAGACCUGCACCGAGAAACCAGAGAACAAGAGGCCCCCAGGACUGCGGGGCCCAGCACUGGUGGAGCGGUCCAGUGACUUCCCGGAGCCUCCCCUGCCCAUACACCCAGGGCUACUGAACCUGGAGCGUGCCAACAUGUUUGAGUACCUGCCAACAUGGGUGGAACCAGACCCCGAGCCAGGCAGUGACAUUCUGGGCUACAUCAACAUCAUUGACCCCAAUAUCUGGAACCCACAGCCCAGUCAGAUGAACCGCAUCAAGAUCCGUGACACAUCCCAAGCCAGUGCCCAACAUCAGCUAUGGAAGCAAAGCCAGGGCUGCAGCCCCACCCCAGUGCCUGGCCUGGACCUCCCAGAUGGGCCCCCUGCCACCAAUGGCCUCCCCCAAGGGGACUCUGAACCAAGGCCCCCUGUGCCCAAGCCUCGGACAGUCCCUGUGGCAGACCUACUUGCCCAGGAUGGUGGUGGUAUUGAUUGGGCACUAGAGACCCCAGACAAGGAGACCCCCCAGAAUGGAACCGACAGUGGGCUGCCCCAGGCAAUGGGCCUGGGCCAUACCCCACUUCAGCGUCAACUGUCCAUGGCCCAGAAUGACUCCAACAGCCUGAGGGCAGGGGUUCCCAAUGGGCUGGAUGGCGAAGAGGAGGAAGAUGAUGAUGACUACGUGACCCUUAGUGACCAAGACAGCCUCUCGGGAAGCUCCAGCCAUGGCCCUGGCCCUCGGAGACCCUCAGUGGCUUCAUCUAGGUCAGAUGAGUAUUUUGAAGUUAGGGAGCGAUUGACCCCUCUCCGGAGGCGCCACUCAGAGCAGGUGGCCAAUGGGGCAGCCCCACCCCCCCGUCGACAGCUGAGUACCCCCCAUGUGAGCCGAGGGACCUUAGGUGGGCCCGUGGGGAGAUCUGCAUGGGCCCGGAGUCGAGCAAGAGAAGAGACCGAUGCCUCGAGGAGAAUGCAAACCCAGGCAGCCCCAAACAAGGAGACCCAGGGCCAGCAGUUCCACCGUUAUGGGGUACCUGCCUCCAGGACCAGGCAUAAGGAUGGCUUCCUACAGCCACUGAGAACCCCAAGGUCCCAGCAAUACCAUCCUGCAGCUGACAAUGCCCAGAGCUCCCCCAGAAAGGCAGGCCCCCACCAAUGGCAAGCCAAGGGAGAUGCAAUACCCCUUACCCUGCCAGAUGCUGGGAGCCCAACCCUGGCCAAUAGCAGGGCCACCGAGGAGCAUCCAAGUCCUUUUGGAAUCCCAUACUCCAAAUUGUCCCAGUCUAAGCAUCUCAAGGCCAGGACAGGCGGUGGCCAGUGGGCCUCAUCUGACUCCAAACGGAGGACCCAGGCCCACAGAGACCACACGGACCCCUAG